AAUCACAGAGAACAGACAUCCAGGCUAGAACAAAUUUCAUUCGGAAGGUUGUGUAAGGAUUUGAAUCUUUACUUGAGUAAGGUUGCAAACCAAUACACAAUGACAACAUUAACGCCACCAAACACCAUAUUGCCACAGUCAGUGGUGAAUUGAAACAUUUCAAGUGGUGAAUUAAAUUAGUAUGGGAAAUUAACCGAUUGCAGCGCCACGCUAUUGCCACUUGUGUUGCCGAUUUCAAAUGGCCGUUAAAUUCCUUACACAGUUUCGGAACUGGACUUGGAUGUCUGUUCUCUGUGCUACAAUCUUUUUGGCAACACGACGUUACGAGAUACGAGAAUGACAGUUGUCAACGUCAACGUUGGAGAUGAUGAAGAGGAGAAAUGUGAUGACUCAUGGAGAAAGUGAUUUUGGAAUGCUAGGUGGGAAAUUGUCGAAGAAGUUAAAAUUGAAAUUAUUGUCGGAAUAUUGUGCGGAUUAAAGUAGGAGAUUUUUUGAUUGCUGAUAAGUAUAUAUCGCUGAGGUGUGAUAAAGACCCUUGUUGAGCGACGUACCGUUACGCAGUGGCUCAUAAUUAGUGAGUAACAAAUAAUAUUGAAUUAUUCCAAAUAUUGAAUUCUGAUGCUUAAUUUAGUAGGGUAAAGGAGGAUUCAUUCAUUAACUAUUGGGUACGUUCGGAUUGGCCAAAGAGAUAUCAGUAUUUUGUAAGUAUACGAUUGUAUGGGAUAAUUAAGUAUUCUAAUUAAAGGUCAUUUGCAGUUUGAGCUGUCUACACCAAGAUUGCUACAGAAAUUGAUUUCCACUAGUCCGAACAAACUCAAAAAAAUACUGUGGUAUUUGAGUGCUGUUAGUCAUGAGCAAGAUCGGGGAAACCUCGUCAAGACCUGCAAACGUCACGGUGUGUCUUGGAUGUGCUGCAGGAUGCAACCAGUCGGAUUCGGUGGAGGACAUGGUGCAAUGUGACACCUGCGAGUCGUGGUGGCACUAUGCAUGCGCGAAGGUCGACGAAGCAAUCAAAGAUAAAAGCUGGAGUUGCGUCAAAUGUCCCCCCAGAAAGACACGUUCCCGAUCUGGUAAGUCAUCCAAAACAAAAGCUUCUGGAAGUUCUUCAUCGAGCAUACGGAGGGCGCAGUUGCAGUUAGAACUGAAGCGAUUAGAGGAAGAAGGUCAACUUGCUGACAGACUGUAUCAGGAGAGAGAGGAAGAAGAAAGAAAAGCCAGGGAAGAAGAAGCUGCGCGUAGAGAAAAACGUUUCACAGAAAAGCAGGCUAGGGAAGAAGAUUUGUUGCAGAAACGUUUCGCACUUUUGCAAACGCUGACAGAGCUUGACGAUGAUGUAAGUGAAGGCAGGAGCGAAGAUGGUCAGAGUAGCGUAGUUACAAGCAAAAGUAAGGUUGAAAAUUGGAUGAGUCGGCACAUGCAGGGAAAUAGCUCUGGGUUAGGUAAAGCUAAUUGCCAAACGGAGGCUUCGCCAGCUAACGCGACGUAUUCUAAUGAUCUAGUUACUAAGCGAGGAUGCACGGUUACGCUUCCGACAACUUCAACAGUCAAAGUCUUGGGUCAAGGGGUGGCGGCGUCGGGUGAAGUGCGAAAUAACAGUGUGAAGCAACAAGUGUGUGAUAAUUUGGCGAUGAUACCGUAUCCUAUGAGAUCACAUUUGGAAUUUGCGGAGAGAAUGGUGGGAUUCGCCGGUGGAUCCCCUGGCGUCGGAGAAGUUGGUGGUUUGGUCGAUGCAACGAUACAGCGGAAUGCCGAGGAAGCUGUACACUCAGACGGUGAACAAGUUCGUUCGAUAAGUCGCAUAGAUCCCAGCACGCGGAUAGCUGUUUCUCCCUUGGGCAACAAUCCAUUAAACAGUACACCGUUAUCCGGUAGACUGACAGCUGGGCCUUCAGCUCAACAAUUAGCGGCCAGACACGUAGUACCGAAAGAUUUGCCAAUAUUUUUCGGAGAUCCGGUUGAUUGGCCGCUCUUCAUUAGUGCGUACAAAACCUCUACCGAUUUGUGCGGCUUCAGUGAUGGAGAAAAUUUGAUGCGCCUUCAGCGAUGUUUGAAAGGAAAUGCAUUGGAUGCAGUAAGGAGUCAUCUGUUGUUACCAUCGGCCGUUCCUCUUAUCAUGUCUACUUUGACUACCUUAUUCGGUCGUCCAGAGUUGAUAGUCCACAACCUCCUCUCCAAAGUGCGUGAGUUACCACCUCCGAAGGCCGAUAAGUUAGAAACCCUUGUCAGCUACGGGCUAUCAGUUCAGAAUCUGUGUGGGCACAUUCGUGCUUCAGGGUUGGACCAUCAUCUGAACAAUCCUAGCCUUCUUCAAGAGCUUGUUGGAAAGCUUCCUGCCUCGAUUAAACUUGACUGGGCGUUGUACAAACGCUACUUGCCAGUAGUUGACUUGGGACGUUUUGGAGAUUAUAUGGCAUCAAUGGUGGCAGCUGCAAGUGAUGUCAUAAUCCCUGUACCUAUCGAAUCAACUAGAACUGAACGACCUAAAUCCAAAAGUUUUGUCAGUGCACAUGUACAGGAUGAACAAGCUGAAGACUACAAAAUGAAAUUUUCUCCAAACGCUACUGUUACGGACCAAAAGGAAGGAGCGGAAGAAAUCCACUGUCUGUUGUGUAACAAAUCGGGGCACAAGUUACGCGACUGUGGCGAAUUCAAAAGGCAAUCGUUGGCUGGGCGCUGGGAAAUCUCAGAACGAUAUAAUCUCUGCAAGCGUUGUUUAAUCCCACAUGGAAGAUGGCCGUGCAAGGCGAAGUUAGACUGUGGCGUAGGAGAAAGCAGAGAUCGUCAUCAUAGCUUGUUACAUCCUGGGAAGCCAACCCGAACGUCCAUACCAUCAUCCACGGCUCAUUCUGGAAUCAUUGGGGCACACGGCUAUGAUCAAGGUGGAGUAAUGUUCAAGAUAGUUCCAGUUAUAUUGCAUGGAGACCGAGCAUCAAUCGAAACCUUUGCGUUCCUCGAUAGUGGUUCAUCGUUGACGAUGGUGGAUGAAGAGUUAGCGGAACAAAUUGGAGUUACCGGGGAGGCAAAGCGGUUGUGUUUGAAAUGGACAGCAAAUGUUUCGAGAGAAGAAGCAAGAUCGCAGCGCAUCACGAUGGAAAUUUCCGACAUCAAGGGUACAAAUCGUUAUAAAAUAUCUAACGUCUGCACCGUCGCCAAACUUGACCUUCCUGAACAAACAUUGGAUUUUGUGGACCUAGCCGCUAAGCAUUCGUAUCUCAAAGGAUUACCGGUUGCAAGUUACGUGAAUGCUGUUCCGAGGAUCCUCAUUGGACUAGAACACACUCAUCUGAAGGUCACUCAACGGAAGCGAGAAGGCCGAGUUGGUGAACCAGUGGCGGCUAAGACUCGUCUAGGCUGGACUGUAUUCGGCCGUGCUGGUAUCGGCUUUGACGUUGGAACCUCUUUGCAUAUCCGGGAGGAAUCUUCCGAUCAAAAUCUGCAUGAGUUGGUCAAAUCCUUUUUUGAAGUAGAGUCGUUGGGAGUUGAAGUUAAGAACACGUUGCUAUCUGAAGAAAACCAGCGUGCAGUGCGGAUUCUCCGGGAGACUACGAAGCGGACCGUUAAUGGCAGAUAUGAAACGGGUUUGCUAUGGAAAAAGGAUGUGGUGGAAUUCCCUGAAAGCUUUGGUAUGGCAGUGCGUCGAUGGAAAUCAUUGGAGAAAAGGUUGCGAAAUACUCCGGAGCUGCAGGCGAACGUAGAACAACAAAUUCGUGAUUAUCUGAAGAAAGGAUAUGCACAUAAAGUCUCCAAAGAAGAGCUAAGAUCGUUAAAUCCUAAGCGAUCUUGGUUUUUGCCUCUUGGAGUCGUAUUGAACCCGAAAAAACCCGGAAAAGUGAGACUAAUAUGGGACGCAGCAGCCGAGGUUGGUGGAGUAUCGUUUAACUCUGUACUCCUUAAAGGACCGGACUUACUAACGUCUCUUCCGGCAGUAUUGUGUCGAUUCCGGCAACGGCAGGUGGCAGUCAACGGAGAUAUAAAAGAAAUGUUCCACCAAAUCCAAAUUCGUGGUGAAGAUCGGUCGGCUCAGCUGUUUCUGUUUAAAGGAACUAACGGAGAAUUAGAGGUGUAUAUGAUGAACGUGGCCACAUUCGGAUCCUCAUGUUCGCCCUGUGCCGCACAAUAUGUGAAAAAUUUAAACGCUAAACAAUGUGAGAAAGAGUUUCCUGAAGCAGCAGCUGCCAUAAUCGAGAAUCAUUAUGUUGAUGAUUAUCUCGAUAGCAGAGAUACGGAAGAUGAAGCGAUAAAGUUGGCACUGGAUGUUAAGGAAAUACACGGUAGAGCAGGAUUCGAGAUAAGGAACUGGAUGUCGAAUUCUGAAGCGGUCUUGAAACGGGUCGGGGAGCAGAGCAUAGAUGACAUGAAAUCGUUUGCAAUGGACAAAUCUGGAGCAGCAGAACGCGUUUUGGGACUAGUGUGGCUGCCCUGGUCGGAUGAAUUCACGUUCAACAUGGAAUUUCGAGAGGACUUGAAGCCCUUGGUAUUUGAAGAAGUGAUCCCUACAAAACGCCAAGUAUUACAGGUCGUCAUGAGCUUGUACGACCCUCUAGGGAUGAUAUCGACGUUCCUGAUUCAUGGGAAAACCCUCAUACAGAGUAUCUGGCGUGCUGGCAUUGAUUGGGAUGAGCACAUUCCUGAGUCUCUUGUCGUAGCUUGGAAACAAUGGAUUGGGUUGAUCGAUGGAUUGCAGAAUGUGAGAAUACCGCGCUGUUACUUUCCGGGAUAUUCGCCGGAGAGCAUUGGAUCACUAGAGCUACACGUGUUUGUCGAUGGAAGUGAGAGUGCGUACUGUUGCGUUGCGUAUUUCCGCAUAGUUGACCGUGGUAUAGCGCGAUGUGCAUUGGUAGCAUCAAAAACCAAAGUUGCGCCGCUAAAAUUCCUAUCCAUCCCUCGAAUGGAACUCCAAGCUGCCCUCAUAGGAGUACGUCUGGCUAGGAUGGUAGAAGAAUAUCAUUCCCUGCUUAUCACCCGUCGAUACUUCUGGACCGAUUCAUGCACAGUACUAGCUUGGCUGAGAUCGGAUUCUCGUCGGUAUCGACAGUUCGUUGCGUAUAGGGUUGGCGAGAUACUCACAAAAUCUGACGUGAAGGAAUGGAAUUAUGUGCAGUCGGCGUUGAACGUUGCUGAUGACGGAACGAAGUGGAAAAAUGGAGUGUCGUUCGGCCCAGAUAGUCGUUGGUAUGCCGGACCUAAAUUUCUUCGUGAAAGUGAACAAUGCUGGCCUAAAAUGGAAAAGACGCUUGUGGCAACAGAUGAGGAGUUAAGACAACCGGUUCUGCAUCACGUCGAAUUAGCUUCUCCGUGGAUACUUGUCAACCGUUUUUCGCGCUGGGAAAGACUUCUUCGAUCGACGGCGUACGUUCACCGGUUCUUGAAUCGUAGAAAGCAGUCUAUUGCAGGCGAUGUAAUACUAACGAAAGAAGAGUUGCAACAGGCAGAAAGAUCUUUGUGGCGGUUAGCACAGUCGGAAGCGUAUUCGGAGGAAUUGCGAAUAUUGGAGAAAAAUUGCAAUCAUAAAAGGGUAAUCGAUUGUCGUAGCCCUUUAGUGAAGUUGUCACCAUUUGUAGAUAAGCAUGGGGUGAUUCGGAUGGAGACGAGAUCAUUGAAUGCAGCCUACGCACCGUGCAGUAUUGUUAUACUUCCCCGUUAUCAUCGAGUGACCUACCUUAUAGCAGAUUGGUACCACCGACACUACGGUCAUGCAAACAAUGAAACCGUGGUGAAUGAAAUACGGCAGAUUUUCCACGUGUCGCGGUUACGUACACUUGUCAGACAGGUAGCAACGGAGUGUCAAUACUGCAGGGUGAAGAAAGCCAAACCUCAGAUACCAAAAAUGGGACCUCUACCGGAUGUAAGGACAACACCAUACGUUCGACCCUUUACGCAUACUGGCGUAGAUUAUUGUGGCCCAUUCCUCGUGAAAGUUGGAAGAAGCUUGGUGAAACGAUGGAUAGCGCUCUUUACUUGCAUGACGGUGCGAGCGAUUCAUCUCGAGAUUGCUUGUAGUUUAUCAACGGAAUCGUUUAAAAUGGCAGUGCGGCGUUUCAUUGCUCGACGAGGAGCGCCCUUACCCAAGUAA